UUUUCCAAACACCGACGGCUUGUUGGAUCGCCCCUGUGGGAAGAAACAUACGGUAUCCCGGCAACGAGAAGUAAACACAAUGGCUGAAGAGAAAGAAAGCGCAGAGGCUAUGAUAUCUGAGAUCCACAAACAGAUCACAGAUGCUUUUGAUGUGUUUGAUCAUGAGUUCAACAAGACCGUGGAUGUGAGGGAGGUUGGUACCAUUAUACGCUCACUAGGCUGCUGCCCCAGUGAAGGAGAACUUCAUGAUCUUCUGGCAGAGAUUGAAGAGGAAGAACCCACAGGGUACAUUCGGUUUGAGAAGUUUCUUCCAACAAUGACCAAAGUGUUGAUGGAACGAAGAUACAGACCUAUCCCAGAGGAUGUUCUCUUGCGAGCCUUUGAGGUUUUAGAUCAAGAAAAGAAAGGCCACCUUGAACCGGAGGAGCUCACUAAAUACAUGUCUGAAGAAGGAGAACCCUUUACGCAAGAGGAAAUGGAGGAGAUGCUGUCUGCAGCCGUAGAUCCUGAUAAAAAUGUGAUUCUUUACAAGGACUAUGUUGGGAUGAUGACCGUAGAAGAUAACUAAUGCAUCUGGUUUACAGCUCCUUUCUAUUUUGCUUCUAAUGUAAAAUGUUAUUAAAUUGUGGUAUUACUUUUAA